GCGAAGCACCGAGCGAUACAGACGUGUGCGUCUCACAAGCGAACUUUUCAUACACAAAGAUCUGUUACCAAAAAAUUUAAGAAAAAUAUAUAUUAAAAGAAUAAAAAAAGCAAAGUAGUUAAAGAAAAGUUAGUAAAUAAUUUGAGCAAUUCAAGCGAUCUUUGUGUUCGUGUCUCGUCUUCAAAUUGUUGUCAAGCUUUGGUUGAAAUAAACUAAACGCAAAGAAGAACGCGAAAGUUAUAUUGGCCAAAAUUAACUUAGCCAAGUGUAUUUGCGAAAAGUGCUAAACCAAAAAAGAAAUACAAAUUAAAAGCCAAUAAGAGCCAGUGCCCAAGGCCAACAAAAUGAAUCAUUUGUCGCCGCCGCCAUCGCCGCACUCGCAGCCAAGUCCAGCGGGCUACGCGGGUCCAACUCUGGACAAGCAAUGGAUGCAGCGCGCCUCGGCCUUUAAUACCGUUAUUGCAUCGGCUGCCGCACAAAAACUAAACAAUCGAGGUUUUCUCUACAAUCCGCUGCUCUACUCGAGCGCUCUGCUCUGGCCGCAGUUUCUGCUGUCGUCGGCUUCUGCUUUGGGCACGCCCCUCACGCCAAUGACGCCCAAAUCGCCCGCCUCCAUUGUGCUGGGGCAGCGCGAUCGCGACUUUGCACUGACGCCCGAGAAGGAGCAGGAGCUGCAGCACAACAGCAGCCGCAGCAAUCAUGUGCUGCUGCAGCAGGACGAGGACAUGCCGCUCAACUUGAGCACCAAACAGCGCGCUAGAUCCGACUCAGAGCAGGAUCACGAUCACAAUAGCAGCAGCAGCAGCAGCAGCAGCCGCAGCAGCAGCCUGAGCGGCGGCAGCCUCAGCCUGGAUGAGCGGGAGCAGCCACUGCAUCUGACCACGCCGCCUCCACUGAGGGCUGUCAAUCUGAAGACUGCCAAUGCUGGGACUCCCUCGCAGCAGCGUCGCUCGCAGGGCAACAUCAUCUGGUCGCCGGCAUCCAUGUGCGAGCGCUCCACGCGGCAUGAGUCUGCUGCAGCAGGAGUGGCAGCAGCAGCAGCUGCUGGGGAAGACUUUGAGGAGCAGCAAGUGGAUCCCAUAGUGCGCAAAUUCAAGUACGAACGUCGCUCGGCUGCCUCCAUAUCGUCAAUGCAGUCGCCGCUGUCCUCGACGAGUGUCGCACAGGAUCUGGACUUUGAGACGGCGCAGCAGCAGCUGUACGCACAUCGCAGCGCUUUCAUGGCCGGCCUGACUGGCAACAAUCUGGAGCUGCUCACACAGCACCUCAAGACACAGCAGCAGCAGCAGCAACAACAACAGCAGCAACAACAACAACUGCAGCAGCAGCAGCAGCAGCAGGUUAAAGCCGAAUCGGAGGCUGAGCAGGAGAGCAAACGUUCGGCAGCGGCGCUCAUGGGUCUUGUGGCAGCCGCCGAACUGGGCUACAUGCGUAAUCAACACCAGCAGCAACACACGACCCAGCAACAGCAACAGCAACAGUUGCAGCAGCAGCAGCAGCAGCAACAUCCUGAUUCAACGGCCACAGAUGUUGCGCGUCGUUCGUCCUCCUCAUCAUCGUACCAAGGCGAGUGCGAGCAGGAGAAGCGCAGCGGCAGAAAUUUUCAGGUAAGCCAAACGGGAAGUUCAUUUUUUCCACUCUUUUUUCUUGUCGUUGGUCAGAGUCGAAUCAGAGCUAAAAGCGGAAGUGCAAGAGGCUGA